AUGGUCUCGCCUGCCCUGAACAGACCCCAUGUUGCAGUCCUUUUCAACGGAGUCUGCCAGCCCUUCGCCUUCUCCACAGUUCCUCCUGCACCUGCUGCAGGCGAGAAGCCCAAGCCCAUCCCCACGCAGCCCAAGGGUUCGUUCAAGGUCGUCGGUCUCACCGGUGUCGCUGCCCAGCAUAUUGCUCUGGUCACACCAAAAAAGAUGCUCAUCAUCGACAAGGCCGAAAACAACCCUGCAAAGUUGCCCUCUGGCAAAGCCGCCCACACUGUCGAAUACGAUAUCGAGACCAACGAAUACAGAGUCUUAGAUGUCGCCACCAACACCUUCUGCUCUGGAGGAGGAUUCUUGCCCAACGGAACACUCAUUAGCGGAGGAGGUGCUGAGGCUCGCCAAACACACACCUUUGUUGCUACCAAGGGCUUCCAGUCAUUGCGCAUGUGGCAGCCUUGCGAGGACAACUCGUGCGAAUGGAUCGAGAACCCUGAAGACCCCGUCUGGGAGAUGACAGGAAACCGUUGGUAUGUCUCGUUCACCACCUUGCCUUCAGGAGAUCUCUUUAUCCUCGGAGGAAGCAACGAAUCUCUCGCCAUCAACCGUUUGGCCACCAACAACCCCACCUGGGAGUUCUACCCCAAAGCUGCCGACUUCCAGCCAGUGCACAUGCCCUUCAUGGUCGAUGCCAUGCCCAACAACCUGUACCCCAACGUUUACUCCCUCCCCGACGGAAACCUCUACAUCUUUGCCAACCAAAAGUCCUGCAUCUACAGCAUCGAACUUCGGAAAGAGAUCAAGCGCCUCCCCGACCUUCCUGGAGGACCUCGUUCUUACCCCUUGACAGGAUCGCAUGUGCUUUUGCCUCUGGACCCCGCCAAGAACUACGCCCACGAGGUUCUCGUUUGCGGAGGAUCCGAGGCCAUGACAACUCGUUCCAACGCACUCUCGUCUUGCGGUCGUAUCAACCUUCAUGCCGAUGAUCCUCAGUGGGAGAUGGACGAGAUGCCCACCCCUCGCCUCAUGUCGGACGCCGUUAUUCUCGCCGAUGGAAAGAUUAUGUUGUUGAACGGAGCUCAAAUCGGAUACGCUGGAUUCUUGCGCGCCUCGAACCCCAUCUAUACCCCUGUUGUUUACGAUCCCGAUGCACGUCUUGGCGAGCGCUUCACGGAGUGGACUCCCAGCAACAUUGCCCGCAUGUACCACUCUGUUGCUACUCUCUUGCCUGACGGUACCGUCUUUGUCGCCGGAUCGAACCAGAACUCGGAAGUCCGUUUCAAUGACGUGCCUUUCCCCACCGAGUACCGCGUCGAGUCCUUCACCCCUCCCUACUUGACCACAGACUUGGAGAGACCCGAGAUUGUGAGCGAAAUCCCCGAGAAGUUGACGUACGAUCAGAAGCUGGAUAUUGUGAUCGAUGUCAAGGCCACGGACAAGUACGAGCCUGAUGUGACCUUUAUGCUCGGUCACCGCGGUUUUGUCACUCACAGCACGCACAUGUCGCAGAGAGUGACCAAGCUGGUGUCGACCAAGACCUCCGAGGAUGGCACCAAGAUUACCUUUUCUGUUGCAAUGCCUCCUAAUGCCAACUUGAUGCCUCCCGGUCCCCACUACAUUCACAUGUUGAACAACGGUGUCCCCUCCAAGGCCAUCCACUUUAUCUUGAAUUAA